CAAAAAAGUGUAGUCGGAAGAAAGGAAAGAUGUCAUUCCCCACCUACCUUUGGAAUUUCUCGCCCAUCACUCAUCUUCCUCGAAGCAGCCGAGAAAGAAACAAUCGACAAGAAGCACAAAUAACAGAAACAAAAGAGUGGGGCAUGAAGACCUUUGGAUAAAACAACGAAUAAAUUGCAGACCCUUCAUGUCUUUCGUUUUCCUUUUGUUGUUGAAAACCUCAUCCACCAACAACGUUUGCAAAAUGAACGGAGGAUCUUACGAGAAAAUCCCCACCGUGACACCAGUCGACCUCCACACGCCGUCACCGGAAAUGAAAGAAUCGGUGGAAGCCGUGGAGCGGAUCGUACACUAUGACCUCAACAACAAGAAGCUUCUAGAGGAAGCUCUCACCCACCCCUCAUUCCGCGCAAGCGACGCCGUUUCGUAUCAGCGGCUGGCGUUCCUAGGCGACGCCGUUCUUGGCCUCGCUGUAAGUAAUUACCUCUUUCAUGUUUACCCUGGAAUUGACCAAGGUGGCCUCACUGAGCUACGCUCCGCUAACGUCAGCAAAGAGAGGUUCGCACGUGUCGCUGUGCGACAUGGGCUUUAUACCUACGUUCGCCGCACUGCAACUGCUGCUCUCGAUGAUCAGGUUAGGGAGUUUACUGAAGUUGUAAGCCGAGAAGAGGAGAAGACGCCGGUAUAUGGAGGUUCUGUAGAAGCCUCCAGAGUUCUUGCAGAGAUUGUGGAGUCUCUGGCUGGUGCUAUUUACGUUGACUUGAAUUUUGAUCUCGAAAAACUUUGGAAGAUUUUUAGGCAUGUUUUGGAGACUAUAGUUACUAUUGAAGAGUUGCAGCAACAACCUCACCCCGUCACAAAGUUGCAUCAGUUUUGUCAGAAGCACGGGAAGCUUGCCAAGAUCGAGUGCGAGAGAGAUGAGACCAAGAGUACUGCGAAUGUGUAUGUUGAUGGCAUGUUUGUUGCCUCGGGUUCUUCUGAACAGAAAAAAAUUGCUGAGGUCAGUGCUGCUGAGAUGGCUCUGUGUAACUUGAUGCAAUCGAUGUGCACGAAUGAUGCGUCGGUUGAAGAUGCUGCUGGAAUUGAUGGGUCAUUUCCUGUUGAAAGAGCAAAAAAUGAGUUGCAUAAUCUUUGUGCCAAGAAGAAGUGGCCUAAACCAAUUUACACCAUUGAGCAUGAAGAAGGUCCUCCACACGUGAAGAAGUUUGUAUCCAAGGUAACUAUAGAUGGUGUGCUAUCUGUAACAGGAGAUGAAAAGUCGAGACUGAAACAUGCGAAGAAUUCUGCUGCUUCUUUGAUGAUCCGCCGUCUGCAAGACUGAUACAUCUAAUGUUGUUAAACAGUCCGAACACAUCAGAAAGGCAAGCCAAUGAACACUGCCAAUUCAACAUGGAAAUUUUACUGUAACAACGCUUGAGCUCUACGCACCACGGCCAUCACCUGAAUGAGUGUUUCAUUUCCGGUAAUGGCGGUGAUACGCAGAGGGUGAGGGGUGUUAAGUUGAAGAAUUUCAUUUUGAAUUGACGUGGUUCACUGUCAAAGACUGAGAGAGUAUUUGUGUUCUGGAGUCUUAUACAAAUGAUUGGUGGUGUAACUUCAGAUGUAACGGACAAACUAUCCUAGAAGAACCCCCAGUGUUAUAGAGGGAAACUGUUAUGGGUGCUUAUAAGUUUGAAACAUUUGGUUUGUGUUUCUUAUUCAUGGAUGCUUUGGACCUAUUUGACAUGUUGAUCCUGAUUGGAAGCCAUGAUAAUUCCAUAGUUGGAUAUGUUUGUUAUUGGUUCCACUAUACAAUCAGACUCAUUUUCUUUAGCUGGAAAUGGAAAAAAUGAUCUUCAACCCCUUUAGGUAGCAACAUUUCCUCGGUUGUUUACAUUCUAUCUUUCACGUUUACGAACGAGCCUCAGGGUACAAAAAUCAAGGAUUAAUUACAAAAUACCCUCCAAACUAUGAGGCUAUUUUCAUUUUCGUACCCAACUACCAAAUUUUUGCAUUUGCAUACUUUAGUUUCCUUCCUAACAUUUUGAUACCUUGACCAUUAACACCGUUAAACCUCAACUGAUUUACAAUGAUUUGAAGAGCCAGACAAUUCAGGGCUAUGAUGAUAUAUUACAUCCUCAAGAAGAUCUUGAAACUUUAUUAUAAGCCAAGCCUGACUGUUCUUAAGGGAAUGAAAUCAGAAGAGGAGGGAGAAGUAGAGGUUUAUAGCUGCUACAUAUCAAUGCAUAGGUUCAAGACCCAAUAUUCUAGCUUUAUAUGUAACAGCCUGCAACAAUAGCCACAGUUGGUGGAAACUAAUUUGUUUGUAGGAUUAGAGCCUGUAACAUUUGGAUUGUGCUAAUUGUAGUUU